AUGAAAUAUUUUCUGGUUUCUCUGUGUCUCCUGGAAACAUUUCUACAUGUCUUGGCUCAAUGUGUCCCAGCCUCAGAGUUUCAGCUGGAAGGAGAUUAUUUGUUAGGUGGACUUUUUAAUGUUCAUCAUGAUAGUGACCCUGUUUAUCACGACAGACCAGAAGCCAUCGACUGCUCCAGUGAAACUCUGGUCAAUUCAAGUUAUCGGAGGUUUCAGUUGAUGAGAUUCGCUGUAGAGGAAAUCAAUAACUCGACCACCCUCCUGCCAAAUGUAUCUCUCGGCUAUGAGAUAUUUGACUACUGCUCAGAUACCCGAACAUUCCCAGGCAUUUUCAAACUCAUAUCAGACGACAAUGAGUUGAUCCAACCUGGGGGUAAACUACACAAGAAUCGGUCCAAAGUGAUAGCAGUGGUCGGCGCCUCUACAAGCACGCAAUCCCUGACUGUAGCCCCACUCUUCACAAUGAAUCUCCUUCCUAUGGUCAGUUAUGGAUCUGCAAGUUCUGUCUUUUCAAAAAAACAGAAUUUCCCCUCUUUCCUACGAACAUUGCCUCCCAAUCAAGUCACCAUAGAAGUGAUUGUUAAUAUUCUUCAGCACUACAACUGGCGCUGGGUUGCUUUCCUUUACAUUGAUGAUGAUUUUGGCAAAGAUGGACAGGAAUUGUUCAUAAAGAGAAUUAAGGACACUGAGAUCUGCCUGGCAUACACCCAAGGCCUCAAUCAAUAUACAGAUUACUCCCAAAUAUUCAAACAGAUAGAAGCACAGAGGAUAGGUAUCAUUAUUGUUUUUGCUCCUGAAUGGGCUGCUCAACCUCUCCUUAUGUCAGCAAUACAACUAAAUGUCACCAAUAAAGUGUGGAUAGCAGUGAAUACAUGGUCGUUAAACAAGAAGCUCCCCAAGGAGAAAGGAAUCAAAAAUAUUGGAACUGUAAUUGGGUUUUCUGAGAUAGCACUGACAAUACCUGGUUUCAGUGAUUUUAUUUAUUCUUCCAGAAGCCUGACUCAUUGUGAAAAUGCAGAACUUUUUUUUUGUAAUCAGGCGUACAACUGCAGCAGCCCAAGUGCAGAAGAUGUCAUAGCUGCUGAGCCAACUUUUAAUUUUUAUGUUUAUUCUGCUGUAUAUGCCAUCGCUCAUGCCUUACACAAUGCCUUGCAAUGUGGAUCUGCCAGAUGUAAUCGCAAUAUUACAGUGUACCCACGCAUGGUUCUAACAGAGCUGAAGAAGUCAAACUUCACAAUUUUAAAUCAGAGGAUUCGGUUUGAUGAGAAUGGUGACCCCAACUACGGAUCAUUUUCUAUAAUUUUCUGGAACCAAAGUGGUGAUGCAGAGGUGAUCGGCUUUCAUAAUUUACACCCACCGUUCCAUUUCUUCAUCAACGACAGCAAAAUGCAGUGGUACACAGAGGGAGAAGCGCCUACUUUACCGUGUUCCCCAGAAUGUCGUAGAGGAUAUGCAAAAAAGUAUAAUGGAAUCCACAAAUGCUGCUUCGAUUGUGAAAUGUGUCCAAAUGGAACUUAUGUCAACAGCACAGAGGAUCCCUACAAGUGCAUCAACUGUAAGGAGACAGAAUGGUCAGCAGCAGGAAGUACAUCAUGCAAUCUGCGGGUGGUGGAGUACAUCCCAUUCACAGACAGUGGGGCUAUACUGAUCAUGGUCGGGGCCUCGGCAUUGGUGGGCCUCACAUUAGCCACGUCUGUUCUCUUUGCCAUCAACUACAACACACCUGUUGUCAGAUCUGCUGGGGGACCAAUGUGCUUCCUGAUUUUAGGCUGCCUCAGCCUGUGUUGUCUUAGUAUAUUCUUUUACUUUGGUAAGCCAACAAUUUCCUUUUGUAUCUUAAGAUUCUUACCGUUUCUCUUGUUCUACACUGUUUGUCUAGCAUGUUUUGUUGUGCGCUCGUUUCAAAUUGUUUGCAUUUUCAAAAUGGCCGCCAAGUUCCCCAAGCUUCACAGUUGGUGGAUGAAAUAUCAUGGACAAUGGCUGGUCAUCACUGUGGCAUUUGUUACUCAGGCACUCUUUCUUCUUAUUGGCUAUACUUAUUCUCCCCCCAAGCCUUACGAUGACAUUUCUUGGUACCCAGACAAAAUCAUACUUGUUUGUGAUAUUAAUCUCAAAGCAUCCUCUGGUUCUGUGGUUUUACUUUUAUCUUUGGGCUCCCUUUGCUUUAUUUUCUCCUACAUGGGAAAAGACCUCCCAAAAAAUUACAAUGAGGCCAAAGCAAUAACCUUCUGCCUGCUCCUGCUGAUCCUCACCUGGAUCAUGUUUGCCACUGUAUACAUUCUGUACCGUGGCAAGUACAUCCAAACUCUUAACGCUCUGGCAGUUCUCUCCAGUCUCUAUUCCUUUCUGUUGUGGUAUUUCUUCCCAAAAUGUUUUAUUAUCAUUUUUCAAUCGUACAAAAACACGCAGGAGUACUUCCAAGGUCUCAUUCAGAAUUAUACCAAAACAAUCAGCCAGUAG